AUGGGGACAGAAGACGUGGUCAGGGAGGAGCUGGGCAGCCUCCACGGCAUGCCCCUCUACAAGUGCUUCAUCGAGGGUUGGCCACAAGUAGAGGCUUUCCAAGCCCGGCCAGAUGACUUGCUGAUUGCCACCUACCCCAAAUCAGGCACAACAUGGCUAAGUGAGAUCCUGGACAUGAUCUACCAGGACGGUGAUGUGGAGAAGUGCCGACGGGAUGCAAUCUUCAACCGGGUCCCCUUCAUGGAAAUGAAGGCCCCCAGGGUACCAAGUGGCAUCGAGCAACUGGAGAAAACCCCAUCCCCACGUCUGGUGAAGACCCAUCUCCCAGUCCACCUCCUCCCAAAGUCCUUCCAGGAAAAGGGCUGCAAGGUCAUCUACAUGGCCCGCAACCCCAAGGAUGUUGUCAUCUCCUACUACUACUUCUACCAGAUGGCCAAGAUUCACCCUGACCCUGGCACACUGGCCACGUUCCUGGAAAAUUUCAUGGCUGGCAAAGUGGCCUAUGGGUCCUGGUAUGAGCAUGUGCGAGGCUGGUGGGAGAAGAAGCAGGAGAAGCAGCUCCUCUACCUCUUCUAUGAGGACAUGAAGAAGGACCCGUGGCGGGAGGUGCAGAAGAUUCUGCAGUUCCUGGGCAAGGAGAUGGCAGAGGAGACAAUGGCAAGGAUCCUCCACCACACCUCCUUCCAAGAGAUGAAGAAGAACCCUGCUGCCAACUAUGAGACCAUGCCCACCGCCCUGAUGGACCACAGCCUCUCCCCAUUCAUCCGGAAAGGGAUUGCUGGGGACUGGAAGAACCACUUCACUGUGGCCCAGAACGAGCGCUUCGACCAGCACUACCAGAAGCAGAUGGCAGGCUCUGACCUCCACUUCCAGAUGGAGCUGAUGGCCAAUCCAGACACCUACCUGCGUCAACCCUGGCACACAGUGCACGGCAUCCCCAUGGUUGAUGCCUUUGCCCACAACUGGGAGCGCAUUGACACCUUCCAGAGCCGCCCGGAGGACAUUGUGGUGGUCACCUUCCCCAAAUCUGGCACCACCUGGGUCAGCGAGAUUGUGGACAUGAUCCUGAAAGGUGCUGAUGAAGAAAAAUGCAAGCAGGAUAUCAUCAUCAAUCGGGUGCCCAUGCUGGAGUUUGCUGCCCCUGGGAAGAUGCCAGCAGGCACAGAGCAGCUGAAGGCCAUGGCAUCCCCUCGCAUCAUCAAGACCCACAUCCCAGCUCACAUCUUGCCAAAGUCCUUCUGGGAAAACGGCUGCAAGCCCUCCCAGGUCCCUGUCUCCAGCAGGAUGGCCAAUCCAGACACCUACCUGCGUCAACCCUGGCACACAGUGCACGGCAUCCCCAUGGUUGAUGCCUUUGCCCACAACUGGGAGCGCAUUGACACCUUCCAGAGCCGUCCGGAGGACAUUGUGGUGGUCACCUUCCCCAAAUCUGGCACCACCUGGGUCAGCGAGAUUGUGGACAUGAUCCUGAAAGGUGCUGAUGAAGAAAAAUGCAAGCAGGAUAUCAUCAUCAAUCGGGUGCCCAUGCUGGAGUUUGCUGCCCCUGGGAAGAUGCCAGCAGGCACAGAGCAGCUGAAGGCCAUGGCAUCCCCUCGCAUCAUCAAGACCCACAUCCCAGCUCACAUCUUGCCAAAGUCCUUCUGGGAAAACGGCUGCAAGAUGAUCUACGUGGGGCGCAAUGCCAAGGAUGUGGCUGUCUCCUACUACCACUUUGACCUGAUGAACAAGCUGCACCCACACCCUGGGACAUGGUCCCAAUACCUGGAGGAGUUCAUGGCUGGCAGAGUGGCAUAUGGCUCCUGGUACGACCAUGUCAAGGACUACUGGGAGCGGAGGAAGGAUCACCCCAUCCUCUACCUCUUCUAUGAGGACUUGAAGGAGGACCUCCACCGGGAGAUUGCCAAGGUGGCCCAGUUCCUGGGGAGGGAGCUGCCAGAGGCAGCCCUGGAUGCCAUUGCCCGACACACCUCCUUUGAGGCCAUGCGGGACAACCCCACCACUAACUACACCAUGGUACCCUCCCACCUCAUGGACCAUGGCAUCUCUCCCUUCAUGCGCAAAGGCACCACUGGAGACUGGAAGAACCACUUCACUGUGGCCCAGAGCGAGCGCUUUGACCAGGACUACGCGGAGAAGAUGUCGGGCACCGACCUGCGCUUCCGCACCCAGAUUUGA